AUGGAUGAUAACCAAGUUGAAGACCCUUCGGAAGGGUGUCCAUCGGCACCCAAACCAGAUGGGCCUGGAUUGGAAACGUUCAAUCGGGAGUGGGACGACACCUACUUCAACCACUUUCGACUGAGCCCCCAUGAACUGUCCUUCCUCGUUGUCCAUGACCUUCGCUAUCUACACAUGAAGAACAUCUAUUAUUAUCAGAUGGAGCUUUUGAAGAAAUAUCCCGCCGAAAUUGAACUAAAUAAUGACAAUGUCCAGGAACUGCGUAGGCUUUUAGGCGAGUACUGCCAAGCUCUCCAAAACUAUGAAUUUGUGCUCCGGCUUUCUAAGCCUUCGAAUCGAAAGGCUCGUGUUCAACGCGAAUGUCUCGAACAUGUUGGAGCGGGGGAUAAUAUCGAUCGAAAUGACCAUCGAGUUAUCCAUGGUUCUGCUGUUGGAUUCCUGGACCGCAUGUUCUCCCAGGACAUUUCGGACGCUGCUGAAAAUAAAAAGAUCAGACUGAGGGGGAAGUUUGACAUUUUGUUUCGGGACGUUUCGGUGAGAGAUAUCAUUCGUCGCGUUGUGGUUGGCACCUUUGUUGGCGCCCCAUUCCUUCUUGUCCCAAUGAUCAUACUUCAAUUUCGUACGACGACUGCGUGGAAAUUGACUACAGUCUCAGUUGCUGUUGUGGUUUUCUCUAUUUUCCUGGCUAUCUGUUCUGAUCAGAGCAAUGCUGAGCAUGUUGUAGCUGUUGCUGCUUAUGCAGCCGUUAUGGUUGUUUUCAUAGGCACCACGACGCCCGCUGGAUAA